AUGCUUGUUCCUGAAGCAACAAUGGCUCGUAUAAAAUAUUGGGUUAAUGAAUAUCCAAUUAUAAUACAAGAUUUAAAAAUAUUAAACAAACAAAUCUAUAGUCAAGAAUAUUUAGAAAAAUCAAAAUUUGAUACCGAUGAUUUUUUUAAUAAUUCUCAAACAAUAAUAAGUCUUUUUCUUGAAACUGGACCUGAAAAAGAAAAUUGGUUUCAUAAAUUAUCACUGGUAAUGCGCAAAGGAAAAGAAGAAAUUGAACGAGCUAAUCUUGCAUUGAUGGGUGCACCGUCUGCACCUCCAAUUAAUUCAACAGUUACUUCUCCAGCAAUAAAUAUGAUUGCACAAAGUAUUCCUGAUACGCAAAUUCCUGUAUUAGGUGCACGUGCAGCUGAAAUGCAAGCAAAUACAGUUAAUCUCGAAGAACGUUUUCAAAUGAAACCAGCUGAAACAAUUGGUCCACCUUAUCCAGAUACAACACCAACAGAAAAAGGCGAUACAGAAGUACUUCGUAGUCAAAUAAAUGAAGCUGAUAUUCUUAGUGAUAUGGCACAAGCUCGUCUUACUGCACAAGAAUUACGAAAUGAAACAUUAGAAAAAGAAAAAGAAAAGGAUAAAGAUAAAAAACUAAAUGAUAAAGAUUCAGAUAAAGAUGCAGUAAGUUCACAUCAUACAGCAUCACUAAAAAAGAAACUUCGUAAACAAGAAGAAAAUCUUGAACGUUUACUUGAUUCACCUGGUUGUCUUGAUGAAGCAGCAAUAACAUUAAAUUUUCUUGCACGUCGACUUUUUUGUGAUGUUUUUGAAGAACCAUUAUUUAAAGAUUUAAUGAAAGAAAAAAUUGAACUUAAAUUAAAAGAAAUUGCUGUGAGUGUACUUGAAGAUCUUCAUGUUGAAAAAAUUGAUUUAGGAAAAACAUUUCCUGUUAUACUUAAAGUUGAACCAAUGCAAUGCAAUGCCAAAGGAAUUUGGAUUAAUCUAUUUCUUUUUUAUCGAGGCAGUUUGAAGAUUACAAUCAAAACUCGUCUAGUUCUUCAACCAUUACUCAAUUAUAAUCCUGAUUCUGAUCAACCGAUGUAUGCUCAACAUCAUUCAGCUCAAACCGUUCAUAAAGAAGACAAAAAGUUUGACGAUGAUGAUCUUCUUCAAAGACAAAAAUUACUAGCUAAAGAACCAGAAAUACCUGAAAAUGCUGCAUCACGGAAAUUAGGUACUCUAUUAACAAAAGUUGCUGCAAACAAACAUUUUCAACGAUUUGCGGCUUUAAAACCAGUUGUUGGUGUUAUUGAAAAAUUAUCUAAUGCUGAAAUUGGUGCAAAUGUUGAAUUAACUAGUUUUAGUGGUAUUAUGACUAUUAAUAUUCCACCACCACCAAGUGAUCGUUUAUGGAUUGGUUUUCCAGAAAUGCCUGAUCUUAGUCUUAAAGUAACACCUGUAGUUGGCGAAAACAAAUAUUCAUAUUCGUUAAUUCAUGAUUUUCUCGAAGCACGUAUUCGUGAUGAACUUAAACGUCUUGUUGUCCUUCCAUCCAUGGAUGAUCAAUUAUUACCAUUCUUUCGUGAUUGGGUUAUUGAUGUUAUUGGUGAAAUAGCAUCAAAACCAGGAAAUCCAUUAGUUGAUAGCUAUAAAAGUGAAACAUCAUUUCGAGAUAAACUUCAAGAAUAUAAAGAUAUUAAAGAAUUGAAUCGUGCUGGUUCAACAUUAUCUGAACGAACGAAAUCAAAUCCAAGAUUAUCAGUACAAAUGGAUACAAUAAAAGCUUAG